AUGGAUCGCGGCAGCAGCUCCAGUCUCGCUAGCAGCGCCACCGUUGGCACCAACACCAAUCACCAGCGGCAUUUCCAAGGAUACGGGCCAGAUAAAAUGCAGGAAAUAGACGCUGGCAAAAUGGCGCACAACGGCAAGGCACUCACAGGGCGCUACAAUGCCACGCCCACCUAUGGCUUCGACAACGAGCAGAACUACUGCCUGAAUUCCCAACAGUUGCCGUCUCCAAUGCCCCCUCCACCAUACGCCUUGGCACGCGUGAGCAGCACACGCAACUUCGAGCUCGAGAACCACACACCGCCGGCAUGUCCCGGCUCUGGACCCAUUGCCAUGACGAACGGCACCAUCCAGUUGCGCCUCCGCGAUGGCGUGCGCAUUGACAUGACUCUGGACAAGGUGCGCGUGCUCAAUCAGCGCAGCAUGGUGGCAGUUGCUCUAUCACGCAACUGCAGCAACUCGGCUUUGAUCCACCCCAAUGGACGCAUCUUGCAGAGCGGCGCUAAAGUCGAAAUAGUCACCUACGACGGCAUGAAGGGCAAUAACUUUGUUCGCUAUGCCAAGAUGUGGUACAAGGGUGUGAGCUUCAUCAGCGAGGCGUGCGCUCUCAUCUACCUGGUGGACACAGCCGGGACGGGCACCACAACCGACACUUUCACCGAUCUGACCAAGGACUACACCCUGGCAGUGUUCUAUGACGACUCGCGCCAUGGUCCCUCUUAUAUGGCUGAAGCCCAUGACGUGAUUGCCAAUUCAGCUUACAUCUGUACCGAGGAUGGCACUGAGAUCUAUGACAUAAACGGAUUUCGCAUCACCCAGGCAGCCGAUGGCCUGGUGAAAGUCACUCGUGUGGACAACAAGUGCUUGAUUCGCACCAGUCCCGGCAAUGGAUCGGCCACUUUGACCACACCUGGCAUCCAUUGCACUGCCUCUCUGGGCAAGACCUCGCAUCUGUUUGUUCGUCGCAAUGAGAAGCGCAUGCACUUCGAUGGAUCCUGUUUCAUUGUACGCAACGCCGGACACUCCGCCGGCUUCAAUGAGAACAACCUGCUCAUUGUAUACUGAGCGGCGUUCGUAGUCCGGAGAUAGAAACGGCGCAGUGGUAGCCCAUCCCACACGCACACACUCACACAUGUCAACACAUUUCACCUGGAACACAUACAUAGACACCUACAGCAGCACACUUGAG